ACCCAUUCAGUUUUAUAGAGGGCAACGAGAAACAAGACUAUUUUUUUAAUUGGCCUGAAAGACCACAAAUGAUGCAUGACAUGACCUCUAUGUGAUACUUUCAGUGUUUUGUUCAAUGGAGCAUAGCAGCAUUGUCUGCAUUCGGACCAUGUGCUGGUGAACCCAGAUAUGUAAAUAUAUGUCUUAGCUAUGGCGAGAUACUGAGUAAUUCUACACUUGGACUAGGUCACAACCACUUGUAGUAUAGAACAACAGUGUGUGGAGCUUACAGCCAUACCCAAGGUCCUCAUAUAGCAUGGAUUGUAUCAGGAAGGUGGUGUGUUCACGGAGCCAAAAUGUCAAAAUAUCGGAAGAAGUCGAGAAAAAGGCCAACAACUUCUUCGUUGAAGGCGUUUUGGAUCCAUAUAUGCUACCGGGAGAAAAGUUGAUAGCCAAAGCAGAUGGCAUUCUGAAGUUUGUUCCCUUCUCCGACAGAAAACAGGGUGUCUCUGGACAUUUGUUUGUCACAAACUUCAAGAUCACAUUUGUCACUGCAGACAGGUCCUCCUACGGUCAAAACGAGGGCAGCAAGAGGCAGCGCAACAAGGUGUUGGGUGACCAUGACAUUCCACUGACAAAAGUCGACAGUAUUUACCAAAUUGUGUCUGGAGGCAAGAAACGGAAACUCCAGGCAGGGGCAUCUGUGUCUAAUUCUACAAAGUACCUUGAGCUACACUGCAAGGAUUUUCAAAUACAUACAUUCGGUUUCAAGUUUUGCCCCAAAGAUCAAAAUAAACUGGCUAUAAACGCCAUCGUCCACCAUUCCUACCCCACACGGUCAGACCUCCUGUUCGCAUAUGACUAUGGCCACAGCGGCAAAUUUGCAGAACAAAAACUGGAGACCCGAUUGUUCUACAACAAGCAAGACUGGGAGCUUGAGAUAAAACGACUCAAUGCGGUGGCUCGCUGGAGAGUCGCUGACAUGAACACAGAAUACUGCAAUGCCCCCAGUAUGCCUGAGUACUUUGUUGUGCCAGUUUAUUUGUUGAACACAGACUUGGUGAAGUCAGCUGUAAUCUACAACGAUUAUAGGCUACCGACCUGGUGCUAUACCCACAAGAAUAGUAGCUGUCUAGUUCGAAUGUCUCAUGUGGCUCCCGAAUCAAUAUCCAAAGAAGGCCAUGAGAAAAUAAUAAGUGCAAUAAAACAGGCCUGUGAUUUGACAGAUGAACCCAAGAGAGUUGAUUUGUCUAGACUGUGCCCUUCACUUCGAGACCUCCAGCUGAGCUAUGAAAAGUUGAAAGAGUGCUGCAUGACUGAUUCUGUGAAGGAGUUCCUCAGUACGGACCUGGCCUGGUACUCCAACCUGGACAACACGCAGUGGCUCCAGGCAGUCUGCAAGUGUCUACAGAUCACCUUCAGCAUUGUCGUCAGCAUACACAAGGACCAGCAGACCAUUAUCAUUGCAGAGGAGACAGGUUGUGACUUCUCCUGCAUUGUGGCCUCUCUGGUCCAGAUGUGCCUUGAUCCCCACUGCCGGACGCAGGUUGGCUUCCAGUCGCUCAUACAGAAGGAGUGGGUGGCAAUGGGACACCCCUUCCAGAAAAGACAUGGACUCACCCAGGAAAACGAAACUGAAAGGGCUCCCAUCUUUCUGCUGUUCCUGGACUGUUGCUGGCAGCUGUUGCAGCAGUACCCAUCCUCCUUCGCCUUCACGGAGACCUACCUGACCACCAUCUGGGACUGCGUCCAUCUGGGUCUGUGCGACACAUUUCUCUUCAACAACUGUCACCAGCGCCGUAAGUUCAUGAUGGAAGGUCGUCGCAUGGCUCACAUCCAUCUGCCCAGUGUUUGGGACUGGCAGUUCCAGCUCGGGGAAAUUGAUCUUACUCUCUUCAACAAUCCACUGUAUGUUAUGAGAACCAAGUUGGAUUUGAACGAAAUAGUCUCCAGUGCGAAAAAGACUCUAACAGAAACUGGUGCGACACUUCGGGAUGAGAUGUACAAGAUGAAGCUGACGGACUUGUAUCUGGAGGAAGAAAGGUUCUUCCCCGAUGUUAGUGGUGUCCUGUAUCCACAGUUCACACCAUUAGUUGUCAAACUUUGGAAACAGUGCUUCAUUCGUUGGAAUAUCCCUGCACAGAUUAUCGGCGGCGGAAACCCUUCUCGGUACCUCCAACAGUGUGUGUUGGUGGAGGAGGUCAUCUCGCUCCAUCAUCGGCUCAAGUUCCUUCAGCAGGAUUCCCAGAGGUCGCAACGACCCAAGAGUGAACUUAUCUUCGGUGUGGAGGAGAAGCAGAAGACGCCAGCACUCCUGAAAUCCUGUGUUCUCACAUCCUCCUUCCCAUUCUCACAUGGGCCGCCCAACAAGGCCUAUAACACUCUUCUCUGGAACCCCAUAGCAGACUACGUCCAGAACAGCACCAUCGACUACGACUACACAAAUGCUGAUGAUUGAGGCAUAGCUAACAAGUAUUAAACUGUAACGAGCAAAGUCACGUCUGAACAAGAAUGGUAUGCUCGUUGUACAUGAAGAAAAUUAAAAAUGGAUGUGAUGAGCAAAGGCUGAAACCACUAGACUAACCCAUCCAUUGUGUAUACUCUUCAAGAAACCACACUCUGUUGACCGGAGAUGUGUCAUAAAAGGCUAACCUGCACCACAGCCACCUGCAAGUGCCUCGGUCUUCGUAGAUAUAACCAAAACUUAUGUCAUUGCUUUACACUGUACAUGCCUAGGGUGUAAUAGGACAAGGCUGAAAACUGGAUAGAUUUUUUGUGUUUGUCAAAAUUUAAAAGUUACUCAUUUGAAUUAUUUCUGCCAUUUAUCAAGGAUAUGACAUUCACUCUUUAGAAAGCAUUUGAAAAGGACAUCCAAUUAUUGGUGUAGUUUGUAAAUGAUUUAUGUAUAAAUCUGGUAAAAGUUAAAAUAGCAUACCCUUAACAAGCAUUUGAAAAUGAUUCCAUUUGUUUGUGUAUUUUGUGAAUGAAAAUUAAAAUAUAGAAAAACAUCAUUCAAGUACAGUUUAGGCUUGUAAAUGUCUGAAAGUGUAGUUCAAGUUUAGAUGUUUAAUUCUAAUGAUUUAUGAAUCAGGUGUCUUUAAGAUGUGCAGCUGUAACAUUCGACAAUCAAACAGAAACAUGGCCUUGAUUUUGUACGUUACUCAUUAGGUGCCUUUGAGUAAUUGUUGUUGUUCUACAUGUCUGCUGAAUCGAUCGGAUGUUUUGUCAGACAAAUACCAAUAAACCUUGCCAACACAAUGUCUAAGGACCAUCAAAAAUAUAUAAAGACAUGUUUACUUCAAGAAAAGCUUAUUUUGUUUGAUAACACUGGGUGUAUCCAUGACAUGAAACUUGAUAUUUUCAGUGUUUAUUUCAACAGAAUACACCCUUAACAUGCGUCCCAGCAUGGCCUGGGAUCUUUGCACUAAGAUGAUUGUAGCUCCCAUACUAGUCUGUCAUACAGACCCUGAAACAAGUAUAUCCAAUACAGCCGAUGCAAGUCUAUAAUAUUUGGCAACUCUAGAUUACUGCA